CCUCCCUCAAUCCCAGGGAAGAAGGGGCUGGCUGGGUCUCUGGGCAUCCCCACCGAGCGACUGGGCUCUGCCAGGGGAGCGGCGGCGGCGGCGGCGGCGGAGGGGCCUCUCUCUCUCUCUCUCUGGCCAAAGGCGCGCCCGAAGUCCGAGGCUCUGAUGCGGAGGAGGAGAGGCGCGGAGGCAGGCGUCGAGCUCCGCGGGGAAGCCACCGCCGCCACUUCCAGCUCCUGCUCCCGCCCAGAUGGAGCGCCUCCUCGGCCUCUGGCUCUCCCUGGCCACCGCCAGCGCAGUUGUAGGAUUUGGAAUGGAUCCUGGUUUACAAAUUGAUAUUAUCACAGAGCUGGAUCUUGUCAACAUGACAAUUGGAGUUGCACAGGUGUCUGGACUGCACAAUGCCAGCAAAGCAUUUUUAUUUCAAGCUGUAGACAGAGAAAUCCAUGCUGCGCCCCACACAAGUGAGAAGCUAAUCCAGCUAUUUAGGAAUAAAAGUGAGUUUACAUUUCUGGCCACACUACAGCAGCGGGCAUCAACUUCUGGUGUCAUUCUCUCAAUCCGAGAGUUGGAGCACAGUUAUUUUGAACUGGAAAGCAGUGGCUUAAGAGAUGAAAUAAGAUACCACUACAGAUUUAAUGGAAAGUCAAGAACGGAAGUAUUUCCAUAUCGGCUAGCAGAUGGACAAUGGCACAAAAUUGCAUUGUCACUUAGUGCAUCCCAUCUCCUGCUUCAUGUUGACUGCAAUAGGAUUUAUGAACGUGUUAUAGACCCCCCAGAAACAAAUUUGACUCCAGGAAUCAAUUUAUGGCUAGGACAACGUAACCGGAAACAUGGCUUCUUUAAGGGUAUCCUUCAAGAUGUGAAAAUCAUCUUUAUGCCUAAUGGAUAUAUAAAUCAGUGUCCCAAUCUGAAUCGCACCUGUCCAACCUGCAGUGACUUCUUAAGCCUGGUGCAAGGAAUUAUGGAUUUGCAAGAACUUUUGGCUAAAAUGACAGCAAAACUAAACUAUGCAGAAAUGAGGCUUAGUCAGUUGGAAAACUGUCACUGUGAGACUUGUCAAGUAAAUGGAGUGAUCUAUCGAGACAAAGACUCAUGGGUAGAAGAUGAUUACUGCAGGAGGAAUGCACGUGCAAAGCCAGCCAAAUGCAUCUAUGGAGGAAAAGUCUUGGCAGAAGGUCAGAAGAUUGUAACAAAGAGCUGUAGAGAAUGUCGGAAUGGGAUAUUAGUAAAAGUAUCAGAGACUUGUCCUCUAUUGAACUGCUCGGAAAAAGAUUACAUCCUCCCAGAGAAUCAGUGCUGCAGUGUUUGUAAAGGUCACAAUUUUUGUGCACAAGGACACACAUGUGGUGAAAAUUCAGAGUGCAGAAAUUGGAAUACACGAGCAACUUGUGAAUGCAAAAGUGGUUAUGUCUCUGUCCAAGGGGAUUCUGCCUAUUGUGAAGAUAUUGAUGAAUGUGCUGCUAAGAUGCAUUAUUGCCAUGCCAACACAGUUUGUGUUAACCUGCCUGGAUCAUAUCGCUGUGACUGUGUCCCAGGAUAUAUUCGUGUUGAUGAUUUCUCAUGUACAGAGCGUGAUGAAUGUGACAGCGGACAGCACAACUGUGAUGAGAACGCAAUCUGUACUAACACCGUCAGGGGACAUAGUUGCACCUGCAAACCUGGAUAUGUUGGGAAUGGGACCAUCUGCCGAGCAUUUUGUGAAGAAGGAUGUAGGUACGGUGGGACAUGCAUAGCCCCUAACAAGUGCGCAUGCCCUUCUGGAUUCACAGGAAGUCAUUGUGAGAAAGAUAUUGAUGAAUGUGCUGAGGGGAUCAUUGAAUGUCACAACCAUUCACGCUGUGUUAACCUCCCAGGGUGGUACCACUGUGAGUGCAGAAGCGGUUUCUAUGACAAUGGAACUUAUUCACUUUCCGGGGAGUCCUGUGUUGAUAUUGAUGAAUGUGCCUUAAGGACUCAUACUUGUUGGAACGACUCAGCCUGUGUGAACCUGGAAGGGGGAUUUGAUUGCCUCUGUCCCUCUGGACCAUCCUGUACUGGUGACUGUGCACAUGAAGGAAGCCUGAAACGGAAUGGCCAGGUAUGGACACUGAAGAAAGACAGAUGCUCUGUUUGCUCCUGUAAGGAUGGCAAGAUAUUCUGUCGACGGACUGCUUGUGAUUGUCAGAAUCCCAGUGUUGAUUUCUUCUGUUGCCCAGAAUGUGAUACCAGAGUAACCAGUCAGUGUUUAGACCAGAAUGGGAACAAGCUGUACCGAAGUGGUGAUAACUGGACAUAUAGCUGUCAACAGUGCCGUUGUCUGGAAGGUGAAGUGGAUUGUUGGCCACUUGCAUGCCCCACUCUGAACUGUGACUACACAUCCAUAUCAGAAGGAGAGUGUUGUCCUCGUUGUGUUAGUGACCCUUGUUUGGCUGACAACAUCACUUAUGAUAUCAGAAAAACAUGUCUAGAUAGCCAUGGAAUAACACGACUCAGUGGCUCUGUAUGGACAAUGCUUGGAUCUCCUUGUACAACCUGCAAAUGCAAGAAUGGAAAUGUCUGUUGCUCGGUGGAUUUAGAUUGUCUUCACAAUAACUGAAGUAUAAAACUUGGGACUAUUCUUUCUGUGAGGAAAACUGAUGCAAUUUCCAACUUUCCAAAUGAAUGCAAUUGUAAGAGAUGGGACUUUUAUACAACAGACAAUUACCAAAGUCUCCGCCUGAGGAAGAUAUUUGGGAGUUGCCUUUGGGACCUACCACUAUGCGUUCAUUCUUGCUAGGCUUCUCUCGGGUGACUUUUACAGUACAAUGCAUAUAAAUCAAUGGUUGUUAAAAGUUUUAGAGUGUUGUAAAUUACACCCUUUUUCUGUCAAAUCAUUUGCAAUGCAUUAAACUUAUUCCAUUGGUAAAAUGAUAAAUUUAUUUAUUUAAUUUAUUUAAUGUACCCACAUUAUAAUGGAAAUUCCCAUUUUAUUUUUUGAUUAUCUCAAAGUUUGACAAAAUAAGUCUGCCUGUUGUACUUUUGUCUCAUACAAUUCCCUAUUUAGUUCUGAGGUCCCUGUCAGAUGUAUUUAUGAAAAUAUGUAUGUAUGUACAGUCAAAUUGCAUAGUACUUAUAUUUCAUAGCUGUUCAACAUUGUAAAACAUUCCAAGGUACAUUUGAGUUGUACAGACAGGAAGUAAUCAAACCUCAGCCAGACUUUAUGGAAAAUAAUUUAAUAAAUAAAAAGAAUAAUGUCACAAAUUUAAUGAAGUGGCAAAACACACUUUCUUUUGCAGACAAAUGAGCUAACAGCAAAAAUUCCCUAGUGGAGGUAAGAGAGAAAGUAUGGCACCUUUUCAUCAGUACCGCUUCAGAAAGUACCCAGAAAACCAUGCCACUUAUCUAUCUUAAGCUUAGCAGAGUGUUGUAGUUUGCAAAUCAAACAACAAAUACUGAAUGUGGGUGUAAUACAGUCAGGGUUGUGCAGCAUUCAAUAAAGCAAUCAAAGGGCUUUACAAUUGCAGACUGUAAGGGAAUAGGUAACAUUUUGAUAUCAGUUACACUGGUAUACAUGAGUUUAUAACCUCUCCCCCGUGUCAUUUCUUCAACAUAAUAAAGAUUGGCAUCCUCCAUUAUGUAUGCCAUAAAUGGCUAAGUCUCUAUUUGUACCAUGUUAGAGCUUACAAGGAAUGAUAUAAAUGUCACUGCAUUUAACUAUAAUUUCACUCUACAUCACUCCUGGCCCUGGAAGAAAGAUGGUACAAUCUAUGUUCCAAUUUUCAUUACAUGUAAUGAACUCACCAAACAACCUUGUCCUCAUUUUUCUCUUCUCCAGACAUUCAAAAAGACCUAAUUUAUUAAUUAACUCAUCUGUAAAAUGCUAUUUAAAUGCCCCAAGUUAGGAAGAAAUUAUAAUUAAAACUUUGAAAUGUGCACAAAAGUUAAGUUUGAAUGCUAGAUAAUCACUUUGAUUUUGCAAGGUUAAGACAUUGGCUGUAAUCCGUCUUAGCCUAAAAAUCAAUAAACCCAUUCUUGUCUAACUGGUUUCCAUGUGUAGAUUAUUUGGUUCCCACAGAAUGGCCUGGACAUCAGAUUGCUGUGUGGAAAUGGGGAAGGUGAAAUAACCAGACCCAGAAUAGACAGUUGCAUGCAGAUGUAUCACAUCCAGAAAUUCAACAAACUAUUCAUUUAUCUUUUUUAAAAAAACAUAUUGCUUUUUGCUAUACCUGCUGAAGCCAGAAAAAGUAGGCCUACAAGCAGUACUGCACCCAUGGAUCUUUGAAUGGUGUCACUUUGUUUUUAAUGUGUUUGAUGUAUUCAUUCUGUUUUCUUAUAUGAUGUACUCUUCUUAGCUUUUGUCAUUUUCAUUUAAUUAAGCUUAAUAUGUGUUCAGAAUCAGGCAAGAUUAGCAAGUGCACAUUACAUUUGUGAAACAUUCAUUGUUCUAGCAAAGAAAUAUAAAACUUGACUUCUAAGCACUGUGGUUGGGUAUCUACAAUGGAAGAUAGGAACAACAUGCACAGAUUAUUCUACUACAGAGACAUUAUAUGAGAAUAUGGAAUGUCUGGAGUCAAACUUUUUUUUUAGCUUAGUCUUAGCAUUGAUAUUUUUUCUUGACAUAUUUAACUAGAAUUCUAUCUAAAAAUAAAACCAGUGUUGUGGUUUCUGGUACACAUACAGAGGUUUUAGUGUGUAGAUGGAAUGUCAUACAAGGAAAGAGUGCUUUAUCUUAGGCAAUGCCACACACAGUGGAAAUGCAUGUGUCCAAAGGAUUAUUGAACACUGAAGAAAAAGACAAAGGUUGCUCUGUUUGUGUAUGACUCCAUGCCAGCAAAGUUUCUCUCUCUCUUUUUCAUUUUAAAUCUACCCCUUUUAAGCAUUCUCUAUGUGUUAAUUAUAUUUGCGUUUGUUUUAACAAUAGUGUUACAAUGUUGUGUUUUAUAGGCUCUUCAAAAGACAUUUGUAAAUCACAUCAUUAAUCCAUCUGGUAAAUCAUGUUGUAAACCCAAUGGUAAUUCAACUGGAGAAAAUGAUACAGUGGUAUGGGAUGUAAAGGGGAGUGAUUUAAAAUGUGUGUCAUCUAAAUAAACUCCUGUGUAUA